AUGCCGAUGAAGACAGGAGACGCAGAUUCGAGCGGUAUUCCUUCCAAUGUGCCUGCCUUUCUAGUGAAACUGUGGAAGCUCGUAGAAGACCCUCAGUAUGAGGAACACAUUUCGUGGAACAAGGCAAGCUUAAGCUGAAUUAUUUAUCAUACUCACAACCUUCUCUGUAUUUUUUUGGUUUUCGAAUAACACCGCUCUAUCUUCUCGAAACCUUGAUCAUCUGUAUUUUGGUAAUUUUACAAUUACUCUGUGACAUGAACACAGCUAUAACAACCAUUCGAUCUUUUUCUUGCAGAAUGGAACUGGUUUCCUCGUUCACGAUCAGGCCACUUUUGCACGCGAAAUCCUUCCGAAGUAUUUCAAACACAAUAAUUUUGCGAGCUUUGUUCGUCAGCUGAAUAUGUGUAAGUAAUGUUUUGAAAAUAACCGACAGGUACAAGCUUUGUUCUAGUUUUCAGCUGAAAUGCGCUUUCGUACACAUUUAAGGACAUUAUUUUCUGUAGUAAAGGUUGAUUUUGCGUUUUAAAUUUUGGUCUCUUGAGAAAUUUAAACUAGAGGUUCAACGUUUUUUCGUUUUCUUUCACAAAGAACUUCGAUGGAUCAGUUGUUCAAAAGAAUGCUAGCAAUGCCUAAUGUCACUCGUGACUUUACUCUUUGUCUCUGGGAAUGCAUGUGGGCGAUGAAACUCAUGUUAUUCUUUCCGCUUGUCUCAGAUACCUACGAUCUAGAACAAACUUCUUUCAGUUGCUUAAGAUCGUUAACAGUACGUUAAUUUCAUCUGACAGUUCCUUUCUCCGAUGUAAAUAAUUUUACGUGUAAAAUAUUUAUUUUCAAUGAUAACAUGUUGUACUCAAAUUCAAGUUGGCGCUGAAAUUGAUAAAAAUGUUUUUAGAAUACUCAAAACUAUAACUGACAUCAAUAGUGGGUGGGAAGGGGAGGUUCUUCUCUUUAGAAUGUUCUUCGGCAUUUUCAAUCAAAGUGUUCGCUUAAUGUUUUUCAAGAGCAAUAUACAAAGUUAAUAUAAAGUAAUAUAUGAUACCGUUCAUGUGACUUUGCCAGUCUCAACUUCUAGUUUAUAUGAUAGAUUUGAUUUCUCAAACCACACAGUGUUUAAAUGAAGACAUGAUCUUUUGCAUUUGAGGCUGAAAGGGUGUAAGUUUUCAGGUUUAAUCUGCAAGAAUCAUUUCUUCGCUGAUUUCUCUUCUGCAGCCAGUGCUUGCCAGCAAAUGAUGCCUAAUUGUUUAUGUUGUAUUCUUUAUGUCGUGAUUUCGUUCUUACAAAGUACAUGGAGAUGAAACAGAUAAAACCCAGCGUGCAACGAAAGUAGUGUCCAAUAGCCCGGGGCUAGUGGAUUUUGCUAUCGGGCUAGUGAAUUCUGUUUUUAACUUCCCCAAUUGGCAAGUGAUGUUUUUUGAGGAAUUCAAAUAUCAGAAGAACUGUGAAAUCAAUUCUGCUCGUCAAAAAGCUUUUGGGGUUAGUUGAAAUGAUGUCUGGGCUAGUAAAUGCUAGCUUCAGUUUGCCCGAAUGGCAAGCUGUAAAAAUGAAUUUCUUUUCACCCUGAAACCCUUCGAGUGCAGUACUUUUCAGUGGUGCUGUUUGUUAAUUUGCAGAGGGUAGUUUUAAUAUUAACAUGUAAAGACAUAAUAACUCACUAUAUAUUCAGUUCUAAAAUUAUGUAAUCAUUCAGGUAAAGUUAUUGCAUUUGAUGGCUACUUUCUUAGGACUUCCGACGUUCACAUGGGAACAUGUAAUUUAGGUAUCCCAAGGAAUCCGACCGCCUAAGAGUUGAAAACUUUUUCAGUGGCAUGUUUAGUAGGAUAAAUUGUUAAUUUUGCUCUUAAAUUCAGCAUUUGGCCGCUACCUAGAAGUGAAAACAUUAAGAUUGUUUGUAGUUUUGUUUAUUCUCAGUGGAGGUGGCAUUGAGGGUGUUGCAGUGGUGAUAUUUGCCUCUUACCAAAUUAAUGAAUCAAUCAUUCUUACUUUAUGUAGUUUUUCUUUGGAUUAUCCAGUUUUCUCUCUGACAAAUCCCAAAACUCCCAAAUUUGAUCUGGAAAGCACAAAAAUACAUAAAACAAGUUCUAAAGAGCAGCUUGUUUAAAACAAGUGCUUUUAACAAACAUUUAAUUCAUUUAUUAUUUCAUUCUUUUUAAACACCGUAAAUCUCCUCAUCCCCGGAAUCAAUGUUGUGUGAAUUAAAAAAAAAAAAAGACUUGACAGGGGAAGGGGAUAAGUAUAUCCACUAUGCAGGGCUUCUCAUAUUUCGCGGAAAAAAAAAGCAAAAUUUCGCGGGAUUUUCAGGGGCAAAUUCGCGGAAAAAUUGGCCGAUUUCACGGGAAAAAAAUCAAAAUUCGCGGAUAAUUCGUUUGAUUUCGCGGGAUUUUAGCGGAAAAAAGUCAAAUUUUGAAGGAUUUUCAGGGGCCGAUUUCACGGGAAAUUUCGGGGGGAAACUUUGCCAAGAACCAAUCAGUAAAAAACAGCCGAUUUUGCUGGAUUUUUUUUUUGGCAAAUUUCGCUAAAAUCGAUCAAUUCUGCGUCGAUCUAAGCAGCGUUGUUUAACCUUGUUUUUUUAACAGGGAUAAUCAUUUGCUCUUUCAACAACAGUUUGCUCGAGAAAUGAGCGAAUGCUAAAGUUAUUAACAUUAUAGUUAGUGCCCAGUUUUUCGCAACAUUAAUCUAAGAAUGCCUGGUAGUUUUGGGACGUUGUUUACUUGUUGCAGUGACGAAGUUUCAAGAUAAAUUUGGACGUUUGGGGUGAAUAAAACAGGUCUAAUGGCCAAGAUAAGUAUUAAAUAUGUUUUGCCGACAAGUAUUUGGAAAUAUUUCUGGCGGAUUUCACGGUAUUUCGCGUUUUUGGGGGAAUUUCGCGGGAUUUCGCGGAAAUACCUGAAUUUCGCGGGUCCGCGACUGCGCGAAAUAUCAGAAGCCCUGUCUAAUAACCAAGAUAAGUAUUAAAUAUGUUUUGCUGACAUGUAUUUGGAAAUAUUUCUGGCGGAUUUCGCGGUAUUUCGUGUUUUUUUUUUUAAUUUCGCGGGAUUUCGCGGAAAUACCUGAAUUUCGCGGGUCUGCGACCGCUCGAAAUAUCAGAAGCCCUGACUAUGCAAAAAGGGGCUAUUUUACGGAAGUGUGUCAACACUUUUGUCUAUCACUGUAGGUUUUUGUACAUUUAGGUAAACAAAUUGUUUUUUUUUGCAUUUUAUGCAACCCAAUUUUAUGUGUAUAUUAUCUUUGUGUUAACCCUGCAAAUCCAACUUGUCUUAUUAGAUGGCUUUCGUAAAGUAAUUGGUGCAGAACAAGGUGGCCUGCGGUCAGAGAAAGAUGAGUGGGAGUUUUUCAAUGGAAACUUUAACAGGUACCAUCCUGAAUUACUUGAGAAUGUCAAGAGAAAAGCUACUCCAGAAGAAAAGAAAGUAAGGAAUGAGGAUGUCUCUAAAGUGCUGAAUGAUGUUCAGGACAUGAAGGGAAAACAAGAUGAAAUGACAAUGAAACUUGAUCAGAUUAAGAGGUAAGUAUUCUAAACAAGAAUUUUUCUUGUUGUGGAGAUGAUUUCACUGGUCUUAUUCCAGGUAGAUAGUUGUAAAACUAGACGUUGAGGUGAGGUCAGGAGUGCAUUGUCUGGUAAAAGGAAAGUAUAUUUGCACCUCCAACUUUCCGGCAUGUUUUUGGUCUUAUUAAAUUCUCACUACCCUUCAUGCCCUAUAAUAUAAUCAAGAGAAGAGUAAAGGAGAGAAAAUAGGGCAAAUAUCUGGAGAUCAUAUGGUGCUCAGCUUCUAAACCUGAGUGUACUGAGCAAUCAAAACAAUUAUCUUUAGUUCAUUGUUGGCAAUUAGUCAAAUGAAAUAUGGUAUUUUUGAUGGAGAAUGAAAGGAGAGGAGACAUGUAUGUAGAGACCUGACAUUGGUGGUGAUGGGUUGACUGAUGUAGUUACCCCUUGGAAUUAAAUAUGUAUUGACGAACCUUUAUUUUUCAGAGAGAAUGUCACACUGUGGAAUGAACUGGUAGAACUAAGGCAGAAACAUCAGAGACAACAGCAGAUUGUGAACAAGGUGAAUUUGUUGAAGGACACACCUUCUCCUCCUAACCUUUUAAGCCAUGUAAUGAAGGGAUAUAGUUAAAAGCAGGUAUCAAAUUGAAAGAUCUGCUGUAUUUAAAAUCUAGGCACAGCCAAAAAUCCCAACCCAAUGACGUCUAUCAUACAGAGAAUUGACAAAAUUACAAGCACCUCACUGAGUCAUGCAGGUUACCUGGCCUUUGUCCCUCUGAUGCCACAUUAGGAACGUUUGUCCAUAGUUUUUAAUAAAGGAUUAGAAACUACAGAUAUGGCUCCAGUUGUUCAAAAAGUGGAUAAUACUAUCCACCUGAUGAAUCUCCAUAGUGCAAUAGUGCAAUCAGUGGUUUCGCUAAGACUUUUCCAGUGGAGAGUCAUUUAUCCAGUGGAUAGCGCUAUCAAGCACUACCAGGGCCUGAUCUACAUGUACAUGUAUGUGUUCCUUUAUAUCUUACUUUUUGACUUUGUUUGCUUCACAGCUUUUCCAGUAUCUUAUGCGACUCAUGUAUCAAAAUGAAAAGCUCAUGACAAAUAGAAAGAGGUGAGCAGCUACAAGUACAUACAAUUGUGUAUGUAACUGUAACAUGACUGUAACGUCAUGCUGGCUUUUGGCCAGACGUUGAAAACUGGCCAUUCAGAACGCAUGUUUUCCCAUAAAAUUAUACAAGAUUAAGUGAAGUUUAAAUGGGUGUCCAUGGAUAGGAUGGCUGGACACCCUUCUGGCUAAAACCGUGACGUCAUGUAAACUUUUGUAACGCUAUUAGGGUAUAAUAAUUAAAUCAGUGUUCUCAAUCUUGUAGGUUAAUGCUCCAGGAUAGCACAGAGGAACAGUCAUCGAAAAGAGGGCGCUAUGAUUACAGAGAAGGCUGUGGACCUAGUAGUGGACAACCUCCACCAAGUUACUCUGCUCAACGAGUAAGUUUACCCUCAGUAAAGCUGUUUUAACACACAGUAACUGUCAGCCAGUGGUGAUAUACCUUCCACAUUUUUUUCAAGUUUGGUAAAGAUUAGUUACCAAAUACCAAGGCUGUGCUCUAGCAGAGCCUGGUGGCCCCUGGCGCCUAACUUUUGCUCUUGGGCAACUAGAAAAUCUUACUUUUUCCAUACACAUCAUAUGCUGGGCACCCUAGAUUUUACAGAUUAAGAGCACUGGGCUCCCUUCAGUUUUCCUUAAAGCACAGCCUUGCCAAAUACCCAUUGACAAGGCUGGAAAGAGGGCCUUAAAAUUAGGAAACGUACCAAGUUUUCAAGGUGAUCUGUGAAAAGGUAGCAAAGAUUUGCUCCACAAAGUUUAUGGAUGGUUUUUUUUUGCAGAGUUAUAUAUUUGUUAGUUUUCAAUACUUGCCAUCUUCACUGACUUGAACGCGUUCAUUUUAACUGCAUUGAUGGAUUUUCACUCACUGGUCCCAGUCAAAAGUUAAAAAAAAAACAUGGAAGGGCUCAUCCCACUGAUGAAUGGUCAGAGGUCCAAAACAGUUGGAAAGGCUCUUUUGUUCAUACUUACUGUACUUCACGAACCCCGUCUUACUGUCUGACAGUGUGUAGGGAUUUGCCAGCAAAAAUUAUCCUUUUUUAACUGAAUGGUUGUGAUUGACAUUGCUGUUUCAGCUAAUUGUGUAGCGCGCAAAUGACGUCAAAGUGACUGAUUUGCAAUUUUUGUCUGAGUUUUGUCAUUUUUCUCAUUUUAAUGACAAAAGAUAUACAAACAUGACAUUUUAAUGACAGAAGUCAGACAAAAGUGAGAAAUUUGCUAAUGUCAAGUUCAUUUUGUUUGUCUGAGUCUUGGGUCUUUAAAUAGUAACUGCAGGAAGCGCUAUUGAGUUAUGGAGAUAAUGACUUCUCACUCUUCCACAUUAGUGCAAUAUGGUUGUAGCGUUAAACAGCAAAGUUUGAACAGUGAGUGUUUUAGUUCAGAAUGCUAAUUAUUAGAAGAUAUGUCAUUGAUCAAAUAUUAUAAACUCAUGGUUCUAUUUUGUUCCUUGUAGCCCAGUACUCAGACUCUUACAAUAUCAGAUAUUUCAAAUGUUCCUUCAUCAAGCAUUCCUUGUGAGUGAGAUCUUAUGUUUUUUACAUAAUUAAAAUUUAUAGGAAACUCUUAAAUGUAAGCAUUGUUGUGCUUUCUUCUUUAGAAAAAACUAAUUUUUGAAAAUUAUUUUAUUUGGAGUAGAGGCUUGUUGCUGAUUAAUUUAAGGUUGAAAAAGUGUAGCAAAUUCUGCUUGUUUUACAUAUAAAAAAUCACAACACAUGUGAAUCAAACCUUGUAAUUACAAACAGCUGUUUUAUUUUGUUCCAGCCAAAAGCUCAUACAUAAUAUUAGAGAGAUUUAGAGCUAUGUUUACGGCAAACAGCAAACGUAAAUUUGUGUGAUGUGACCAAGUUUUUCCUUCAGUUGUCUUUUACUGUUAAAAAAUUGGUAGUUUUACGUUAGUUUUACCCUUAAGAAUUGUUUUGGACUGUUUUUAUCUGCUCAUUUUCUAUUUUAAGAAAUUCUCAACUUGAGUCUGCCGUUCAACAUUUCCCAUAAACAUGACCCUAAAUCUCUCUAUUAUCUCCUAACAUUUCAACCUUACCUAUAUCUCCAGCAACAAGUGGGCCACUUAUUACUGCUUUGCCAGAUGAUGACACCAUAUCACAUGCCAGACCAGUCAUAAGAUUUCCAGAGGAAUCAGGUCCUUCAACAUCACAGCCCUUAGUAUCUAGUCCUGUGUCAACUUCAACAGGUAAGGAGUUGCCACUUUCUUAGUUUUUAGUAGUUACUUUAUUUAAGAUGAGGGGAACUUGUGAGAUGUCACGAAUGAAUUUUCAUUUGCUACAGCUCCCUCAAAACUUAAUGACAGCCCUGUUACAAGCAUCUCUUUGAAUUUAAUUUAUGAGGUAGUGUUUUUUAUUUAACUUGCUGUAUAAGAAGGUAAUAAAAAAGAAAAAAAGAUACGAAAAAUAAUGCGCUAAAAAUUUUUUUUCAAAGUAAGAAUUUUGGCAAAAAUUCUUUGGAACUGCAACUUGUUACCUAGUGUGUUCUAACCUUUACAUUCUGCACUUGCAGGAUAUUGAUCAUCAAUGUGUCGAUAAGCAUAAAUGUUGUAUAAGGGUGGAUUUCCACUGUUGCAUAAUUCUACAUGUGUAUGUGCAUGAAAUUUACAUGCGUAGAUUUUAUAGAGGUGAUAUAUGGAAGGCCACGUGUAAACUUGAAAGUUGAACCCCACUCAACCUUCCUUUCAACUCUACUUUCCAUACAUUGCCUCUAUUUUAGUUACAUACGUGAACUUUAUAUACACACAUGAAAGUUAUGUGACAGUGGAAAUCAACCUUUCUUCCUUUAUCUAACCUUUGCUUAUUCAAAUUUUUUUUUAGCACCCACAUACCCACAAGCCUCAGUUGUACAGCCAUGUGUAUCCACCGGCGUGGUCACUUUCCCUGAAGAGCAGACACAAACCCCUGUGGUCCAUCCAAUUCACAUUUUGGAGCCUCAAUCGUACGAUGAGCAUCAUACUAUAAGAAAUGCCCCUAUGAGGCGGGGACUCUCUCAGGAAGAUAUUCUAGAGAGGUAGUGUUCUUUGAUCUGUUGAAACGCUAUUUAUCACUACAGUUGGGUCAUUACUGCAAUGAUAAAUAAUGCAGAUCAACGUCUGUAGGCAGUGCAUUGAGUUUUGCAGUCAGAUGUCCCGUAUUUGCAAUCCUUGUAGCUAGUAAGAAAGCUCAGAAAGUAGAAAAGAAUCUAAGAUGUCAAGUUAUGCUGUAAUCUCUCUUAUAAUGACCCCCCCCCCCGGCUUUUGAACAGUUAAAAGUUACAGUAUAAAACUCACUCACUCAAAUUUGCAGCCCUCCUUGCCAACUUCCAUGAUUUGUUUUGUUAAACUAAACUAUCACUCAAGGUAAACAAAAUUCUAUAACUUAAUUUAACUGAUUAUGUGUAGAUUGCUCUAACUAAAAGGUUCCAUGUAAAAUACUAGCUGCCCUGCAAGAGAUUUUAAUAGACUCUGAGUUUUACAGAAUACCAUAUAUGAAAUAGAAUGGAUUACCUAGGGUUGCAAUUUCAGUUUUUAAAUACCUCACCUCCUAUCUCUAAUAAGUCCCACUCUGCAUUAAUCCUCUCAAAAAUGUGUUAAAGAAAUAAGAAGCUUAUUUGGGAGAUUACGGUAUGUCUGUUGACUUUGUAACUAUUAACUACAUUAACAGUCAAAACUAAUCAUUUGCAACUCGUAACUAGUUAAGAAAGUGUGUAGUCAAAAUCGUACAUAGGUACUUAAGAUUUCCACUGUCCCACACGGAUCUUUCACCAGCAUACUUUCUGAAAUAUUCACCCACAUGAAAUUCCCCAGCAUUACUCUGUCACAUAGCAUUUUAUUUUCUUUCAUGCCAACUCAAAUAUCUUUGUCAAAAAAUAUGCCACCCAGAGUGCUGUAACUAUUUAUCAGAAAAAUGACAAGUUCACUCUGAUAAAUGAUUCAAUUUAUGGCAUUGUUUGAGCAGAACAUUUCUUUCUGAAACCAAAAAUCAGUGUAGUGCUUUUAUGGUGAUUCUUUUGUCAGGGAUAUUUUAAUGUGGACGCUUUUUCAGGAAGGUAUUCAGUUUAGUGAGAAACAUAUACAAUCAUGACCUUAGAAUUGCUUGCAUAAUGGGGAAUAUCUAACAUAAACUUAACCAGUAAUUAUAAUUCUAAUACAGUCAACCCUCUCUUAACAGACAGCUCUAUGAGAUGGACACCUCUGUAAAAUGGACACCUAGAGUUAGUCCCUGCCUUUCUUUACUCCCUUUAUUAAAGUCUCUAUAAGACAGACAUUUCUCGAAGAUGGGCAUUUAGUGGUGGUCCUAUAGGUGUAUGGUUCCAAAGGUGUUUGUCUUAGAUAGAGUUGACUGUGACACCAAUUAUUCUUAGUGGUGCUAGGAUCUUGAGCAUGAUGAACCAACUUUCUUGUACAACAUUAGCACCUAAAGAUUGGACUUUGCUGUAGCUUGAUUCUCUCUUUAAUUUCAGGAAUUUUAUUGGUGAUCAAGUAGAUUACAUUUCACAGAAUCUUGAGAAUAUUCAGUAUCAGUUGGCAAAUCACCCUAUGGUAUUGGAUAAUAGCAUAUUUUUUGAUGUAUUUGGCCAUGAGGGAGGCCAUCCAGUCCAGGUGAGAUUAUUUUAAAGAGUGAACAGCUCACAUUUUCUUCUCAGUCAUUUGGUUUAGCAAAAGAAAAUGAAUGAAAAUACAGCUUUAGUGAAUUCUGCACUCAACUUGUCUGACGGGCAGGUAAAGAUUUUUUGGGGAAUUCAAAUUACAGAAGUACUGUAUGGCUUGUCCGAAUGGCAAGCUGUAAAGCUGAAAUGUUUUUAAGAUAAUGAUCACUGGAGAAAAAAGUCUUGGUUGUUUGACAAAUAAAUAUUAUAUAAUAUAAUUAUUAUAUAAUAUCGGUACACUACCACAGGAAAUCCACAAAGAACAGUGUCAUCACGUGUUAGGUUGUUUCCAGUGCACGAGAAAAGUCACGUCGGGUAGUUAAGGGCAAGUAAAUUUCCUUACUGGGGAAAUAACUUUGAAAUCUCUCCAAUGGGCAAGGGUCCUGGCAUGUCAUCCUCUAACUAGAACUGUAGUUAACCCUUUAAGCCCUAAGAUCCACAUACAAAUUCUCCAGACUUAUCUCCAUACAUUUCUUUUAAGAAUAGUUGAGAGAAUUUGGUUUAAGAUCAAAGCAUUCUCCCUUUGGUAAUCAAUUUAGUAAUUCUCAUGACCUUUACUCUUGAUGAUCUGCUGAUGUUGUUGAGAGAAAAUUGAUAUUGGUCACUCUUGGGACCUAAAGGGUUAAGAUGAGUAAGAAAUGACCUAGGGCAAGAAAAAUGUGAGAGCUGCUUGCCCAAAUGACAAGCUGGAAUUCAAGUUUUUCAAGCCCUGGUUUCUUUGAAAUUAUUUCAAAUGGUUGAAUAGUAAAAAUAAGGUCCCGGUAGCAAACAUAUGCCAGUAAAGUUUCAUUAGGAACUAAUUAGUAAAAUAUAAUCAACCUUGAAGUGUCCACACAUCGUUUCCUGCCCCUCCCCUCCCCUCCCCUUUUUCUCUACCUUGUGUCGGUCUUUAGCUUUUCUUCAUUUUAGUGGUGCAGCCUUGGGUUGGAAGUCAGUUAAUACAACUUUCAACUUAAGAUUCUCUUGGAAAUUUGUUCUUGCAUGAUUGUUUGCCACUUUCAAAGAUCAACAAGGUAUUAAUGGCGCUUUUUUCUUUGUCUUCUUAGGAUCCGCUAGAUCUUUUAGCCGAUCGGGCUGCAGCAUCUCCUUUGCCUGGUAGUGUGGGGCAGAACUCCUCGGCAGGUAAAAUGUUUCCUUCCUUUUUUUCGUUGCUCACGUAAAAGGUAAAAAGAAAAUGGGCAAGGUCAGGGUCAUAGGCUGCUGGCAAGGUUUCUUUUUAGGAACGGCUGCUUCCAUAGGAAAAAUGUCUAACACGUUAACAUUGCUUGGCGCUGUCUGUAUUUUUAUAGCCUCUGUAGCAGGCUGCAAAGUUAAUCUGAACUUCGGCGCUACCUCUUUCCUCGUAUUUAUCCUCCUCUCUCGCGCUGCCUCUGUAUCCCGCGCGCGUAAGACAAAGGCUAUUGCAGUGGCGGAUUCAGGGGAGGGUCCCAGGGGGCCCCGCCCUCUGUUAUUUUUAGACCAAACUGAGGUCUGGAGGGCCGAAAAUUUUUUUUUGGAGGGUCAGGAUGACCGCCCUGCCCACCCCCUACCCCCUGGAUCCGCCACUGUAUUGUGUCGAUGGAAAGGUAAAGGAAAAAUUGUUUUCAACAGUGUCAUUAAAUACGAUUACAGAUGAUGUGAAAACACGUCAAGAAAGCUAUAGCCAAAACUCAGUUUUUAAAACUAGCGUCUUUUCUUUUUCAGGCCAUGAACUUGUGCAGUAUGGCAUGCAGGGGUCUGGCACCAGUACUUCCCCUUCUCGUGCACAACAGAGACGAAGGGACUGGGCCCAAGGGCAGGAACAACAGCAGCGGCAACCUUCUGACUAUGACGUUUCACACUUUUUUAACGGUUAA